AGACUCAACGUGCAAAUUUAAGGGACUUGCAUAUUGAUGACCAUCAUUCAGCAGAAGAUACUGCAAUUGCUUUAGGACUUGCAUUCAAGCAGGCAUUAGGAGAGCCUAGAGGCAUAAAAAGGUUUGGAUAUGCGUAUGCACCAUUGGAUGAGGCAUUAUCACGCGCUGUUAUCGAUAUUUCAGGAAGGCCGUAUGCCGAUAUUAACUUAGAUCUAAAACGAGAAAAGAUUGGAGAACUUUCCACCGAAAUGUUACCACAUGUACUCUCUUCUUUUGCCACCUCCGCCGGAAUUACAUUGCAUGUAGACGUAAUUAAAGGAAAGAAUGAUCACCAUAGAGCUGAAUCGGCUUUCAAAGCUCUUGCAGUAGCCAUGAAGCAAGCAAUUGAGCGAACAGGAUCAAAUGAAGUCCCAAGUACAAAAGGCGUUCUAUAG